AUGAAAUACUGUGGUGCGCUGCUUGUGCUUUUCGUCGCAAGCAGUGUGAUUGGUGAAAAAGUUCGGUACGAUUACUAUCGUGUCUAUGACGUGCUUGUGGAAAACGAUGUGCAACUUGAAACGCUGCAAUUUUUAGAGUUGGGUUCGGAUAGUUACAUCUUUUGGGAGUCGCCAGUUCAGAAGAACAUGAACGUGCGAAUUGUGGUUCCACCGCAUAAAUUUGCCGAUUUCGAAGAUAUUACUUUGCGGCUGCAGCUGAACAGUUCAGUGGUGAUUGAUAAUUUGCAGGAAGUAAUCGAUAAUGAACGGCCGCAGCGUAGACAACGCGAAGGAUUCGAUUGGGAUGAUUAUCACAGCUUAGAUGAGAUGUAUGCGUGGUUUGACCAAUUGGUCAUAGAUUAUCCGGGUAUUAUUACCAUUGAGCCGUAUGGUUCAUCUCACGAAGGCAUAGAAAUGAAGGCCAUAAUCUUGUCGAAGAAAGCUGGCAAUCCCGGAAUCUUCUUGGAGUCUAACAUACACGCCCGCGAAUGGAUUACGUCGGCAACUGCAACCUGGAUUUUGAAUCAACUUUUAACUUCAACUGAACCAUCCGUCCAGGAUUUGGCAGACAAUUACGACUGGUACAUUUUGCCUGUUGUUAAUCCGGAUGGUUUUCGCUACACGAAAGAAGUUAAUCGUUUAUGGAGGAAGAGCCGGGUGGAUUCACACAACAUUUUGUGUUACGGUGUAGACUUGAAUCGUAACUUUCCAGCAAACUGGAUGAAGGGAGGAGCAUCCAGUAACCCGUGUUCGGAUACAUAUGCCGGACCUAAAGGCGGUUCAGAAAUUGAAACAAUGAACGUUGUGAAUUAUUUUGUGGAAAAUAAGGACAAAAUUGAGUUUUACCUCUCGUUCCAUUCGUACGGACAGUAUAUGCUGUUUCCCUACGGAUAUGAAGAUGCGGAAAAGGCUGAUAACUAUUACGAUUGGAUGGAUAUUGCUGAAGCUGCCGCAAUCGCUCUUUCACGGCGCCAUGGAACUUUGUACCAACUUGGAACGACGGCCGAUGUACUGUACAUUGCUUCUGGACUAUCCAUUGACUGGGCCCAUUCAGAGCAUAAAGUUCCCAUAGCUGUGACGUAUGAAUUCCGCGAUCAGGGCAAAAACGGUUUCAUUCUGCCCGCUGACCAGAUUGUACCCAACGCUGAGGAGGUGCUAGAUUCGUUAGUGAGCUUCAUCGCGAAAGCAAAGGAAUUGGGUUAUUUCGAGCGGCGGCCUGAAAAGUAG